AUGACCAUGACCCUGCACACCAAAGCGUCUGGCAUGGCCCUGCUGCACCAGAUCCAAGCCAACGAGCUGGAGCCCCUGAACCGCCCGCAGCUCAAGAUCCCCCUGGAGCGGCCCCUGAGCGAGGUGUACGUGGACAGCAGCAAGCCCGCCGUGUACAACUACCCCGAGGGCGCCGCGUACGAUUUCAACGCCGCGGCCGCCGCCUCCGCGCCCGUCUACGGCCAGUCGGGCCUCGCCUAUGGCCCCGGGUCCGAGGCGGCUGCGUUCGGCGCCAGCGGCCUGGGGGGUUUCCCGCCGCUCAACAGCGUGUCUCCGAGCCCGCUGGUGCUCCUGCACCCGCCGCCGCAGCUCUCGCCCUUCCUGCAUCCCCACGGCCAGCAGGUGCCCUAUUACCUGGAGAACGAGCCGAGCGGCUAUGCGGUGCGCGAGGCCGGCCCUCCCGCCUUCUACAGGCCAAAUUCAGAUAAUCGGCGCCAGGGUGGCAGAGAGAGAUUGGCCAGCACCAGUGACAAGGGAAGCAUGGCCAUGGAAUCUGCCAAGGAGACUCGCUACUGUGCAGUGUGCAAUGACUAUGCCUCAGGCUACCAUUAUGGAGUUUGGUCUUGCGAGGGCUGUAAGGCCUUCUUCAAGAGAAGUAUUCAAGGUAAUAGACAUAAUGACUACAUGUGUCCGGCUACCAACCAGUGCACGAUUGAUAAAAACAGGAGGAAGAGCUGUCAGGCCUGCCGGCUACGCAAGUGCUACGAAGUGGGCAUGAUGAAAGGGGGGAUACGGAAAGACCGCAGAGGAGGGAGAAUGUUGAAGCACAAGCGCCAGAGAGAUGAUGGGGAGAGCAGGAACGAAGCGGAGCCCUCUGGAGACAGGAGAUCUGCCAACCUUUGGCCAAGCCCACUCUUGAUUAAACACACUAAGAAGAACAGCCCCGUCUUGUCCCUGACAGCCGAUCAGAUGAUCAGUGCCUUGUUGGAGGCUGAGCCCCCCAUUAUCUAUUCCGAGUAUGAUCCUACCAGACCCUUCAGUGAGGCUUCCAUGAUGGGCUUGCUGACCAGCCUUGCAGACAGGGAGCUGGUCCACAUGAUCAACUGGGCAAAGAGGGUGCCAGGAUUUGUGGAUUUGACCCUCCAUGAUCAGGUCCACCUUCUGGAAUGUGCGUGGCUAGAGAUCCUCAUGAUUGGUCUUGUCUGGCGCUCCAUGGAGCACCCAGGGAAGCUCCUGUUUGCUCCGAACUUGCUCCUGGACAGAAACCAGGGAAAAUGUGUUGAGGGCAUGGUGGAGAUCUUUGACAUGUUGCUGGCUACAUCGUCUCGGUUCCGUAUGAUGAAUCUCCAGGGAGAGGAGUUUGUGUGCCUCAAAUCCAUCAUUUUGCUUAAUUCUGGAGUGUACACAUUUCUGUCCAGCACCCUGAAGUCUCUGGAAGAGAAGGACCAUAUCCACCGUGUCCUGGACAAGAUCACAGACACCUUGAUCCAUCUGAUGGCCAAAGCGGGCCUGACUCUGCAGCAACAGCACCGGCGUCUGGCCCAGCUUCUCCUCAUCCUCUCUCACAUCAGGCACAUGAGUAACAAAGGCAUGGAGCAUCUGUACAGCAUGAAGUGUAAGAAUAUGGUGCCUCUCUAUGACCUGCUGCUGGAGAUGCUGGAUGCCCACCGCCUGCACGCCCCAGCCAAUUUCGGGAGCGCACCCACGGAGGACGUAAACCAGAGCCAGCUGGCCACCGCCGGCUCAACUUCAUCACAUUCCUUGCAAACGUAUUACAUCACUGGGGAGGCGGAGAAUUUCCCCACCACAGUCUGA